AUGGCAAACAGAGGAUGCACCGUGUUUGUGGGGAACAUUGACUUUAACAUACCAGAAGAAAUGAUAGUUGAAGAACUGUCCUCUGUGGGGCGUGUCAUUGCCUUCAGAAUGGUAACGGAUAGAGCCACAGGAAAGUCAAAGGGCUAUGGAUUCUGCACGUACGAGUCCCCCAUUGUAGCAGACAUUGCGGUGAACAGGCUGAAGAUUAUGCUGAACAACAGGCCCGUGAAGAUAAACUACGCUGACAAUAACGUAGUACCGCAGGCGCAAGUGGAGAACUCAAAGCUGGACGUAGAGGCAAUAACGGAAACACUCAACAAACUGUCACCAGAAGACACAAAGGAAAUAAUUAAGCACAUGAAACAGCUUGCAGUAAAUAGACCAGACGAACUAAAAUCCUUACUAUCAGAGAAUCCUGCGCUUCUUUCCUCUCUUCUCCACAUAAUGUUCACUUUGGGGCUGGCUCCAAAAGAGUCUCUGGAAGAUCUCCUGCACAAGUCGUUCUCCGUAAAAAAACACCACUCCCAAAUACUCACAAGAAUUCUCCAGUACCACGACUACGAGGUGGAAGAUCUCCCAGAGCCUCUGAAAGACAAGGCGAAGAAAAUAAGAGAAAGACUUUUAAAGAAGUAA